AACCACUCGUCACCGCAAGUUGAUGAAGUCGAAAGGAAUUUAAUUUCCUCUUCUCGGUGGAAUUGUGCUGGUUUCGUUUGGUUUUGGACAAUCGGCUUCAUCAAACGAGGACAAUGGCGCAGGGUAGUGUGCAAGCUGAUUUCCGGAUCGUGGUGGAAAAUGUGAUGAAUCGCUGGACUGCCUUGCGGAUGGCCGUGGAGCACGGCAUGGGUGGCCCUUUGGGAUUGAACACUGCAAUUGAGCUCAUCGACUAUGUUACAUCGUUCUGCACGGACAACAAAAACAUCGAUUCGAUUGAUGUACGAGAAUUGCUCGAGGAAAUCAUGGAUCAAGAGUAUGAGACGAUCUGUGAGGAUGAUUCAAUUCAAGAAAUCAGCGUGCUGCUGAUGAAAUAUCUGAAUCUGCUGAAACAAGGCAAAACGGAGGAAGUGAUGGCCGAGUUGAGGCUGAUGAAGCCGUGCGAAAUGUGGAUCGUAAGUGGAGCUAAAAUCAAAUAUCAACGCAUGGAUGAUAGUAGCAGCGAGAGCGAUGAUCUAGCGGAUGAUCACGAGGAGAUGGAGGUCGACACGACUUCCGGGAGCGUGGAUGUGGUCAGUCCUAGCACCGAGGGAUCUAGCACAAAGUUCACAGAAGAGGACAUCGAUCCUGGGUGGACGCAGGUACGCGGUAGACGACGUCGUUGAGGUUGAGAAUUGUUUAACAAAAUAAGCAUGGAGCUCUGUAAAUAAAUGAAAAAUUUCACGACCA